ACAUUCCAAGUCUGAACUCUCAAAUAUUCUCAAUCGGUUUUCUCAGUUAUGCUCACCUCUUUACUUGAUGCAUCCAUCUCUUCAUAUAGAACUUUAAUCUUUCUAUUUUCAAAUAGCACUCAAGUAACCGUUGAAAAUAUGGCUGAAAAUAUCUUGAAAUAUGCAUCUGAACACGCAACAGCUGGAUUCGCGGGAAGGGAAACUCGCUGUGCUGCAUGUGACUGCCUGAAACACGAGAAACCUGUUAUAGUCUUCAGCAGCACAGGAAGCACCGCGACGUUGUAGGAGGCGGCUUCAGAAAGUUUUGGCGCGUUCUACCUGUUGAUAACGUUACACCGUUGCCCACCGCCUCAAGCAUGAGUUCUCCAGGAUCAUCCUCAACCUCAAGAGUUUCAGUAGAAGAGCAAGCCCCAUUGCCAAAGCCGGCUGAUCCUGCAGCAAAAUUAUCAAGCGAUGAGAUUGCACCACUUUCAGGAAAUCCAUUCUUUCAUGUAGUUCUUUCAAAAUCACAUGUUCGUCGUAGUUGUCUCAUGGGGCCAUCAAAGGACUUAGUAGAUAUACUUCCAUUUGCUGAGGUCCCUACUGUUCUUAAGUGUGGAGGUGAGAGCUGGGACAUGGUGUAUCGUGGACAUGCUCCGGGUCGCAAGUUCUUCGAUGGAGGCUGGAGAAAAUUUGUCAAAGCUAAUUGUUUGGUAGAGGGAGAUGCUUGUGUUUUCGAGCUCAUGGCAAACAGUGAUGAGAAAAUUGUCUUUGAAGUUCAAAUUCUCAGAGGUGAUGUCCCCAAAGUGUUUUUUAAAAGGGAUAGAAUUGGUGAAAGUGAACAGAAGCCAAUUGUCAUUGACUAGUGAACCGCAAUAUGGUAUAGUAUUGCAGGGUUUCUUUUGGUGCUUAGGUUGCUGCAACUAAUUGUUUGGAAUAUCUGUUUAGUGAAUGAAUGCAUUGGAAUAUUUUUGUAUAUUGUGUUGUUGACUUGCUCUAGAUAGAUAGUAAGUGCUUGAGUAUGCAAUGUAAAAUAUGUUUCAUAAAUCAAAAAAUAUGUCAUCAUAAUAAGUAUACUCGGUUAUUGGAAUAGCUAAAUUUGUUUGGGAUGUCUUUGGGUAUGAAUUUGAUUUUUGAUAUGGGGAAGAUGUGUUAAGCAAUGGCCUAAUAUGCCCUUUAUUUAUUUUAGUCUGUUUAUAGUCGCAACUAUUGUCAUAGUCAACAAGGUGGAAACUUCCAAGAAAAGACUUAGAAAUGGGAGGCCGGGCGAUCCUGCCGGUGAACUGACUGUACCUCAAACCAGCACAGGGGAAUGCUUCGAAAUCUUCGGCAUUGAGCUUUUGUUUGUGGACAAAUGCAACUUGUCCUGGUGGAGGAAGAUGGGUAAUCUCACUUAUUAGCAUCAAAACCACAGUGGAUAUAGUUGGUCUUUCUUUUGUCAAUUCUUGCAC